UAUUCCCACUACAUCUUAACAUGAAAACAGACAGAAACACUACUAAGAGUAGUGUCCAUGUUGAAGCGUCUGAUUCAUCUUUGUCUUGGGGGGAUAAAGAUAUCAGAGAGGUUUUACUGUGACUUUAAUCGAAUUGUUGGAUCCUGUGCUCCCUCUAGUGGAAUUACAUGGCAUUUCAUCUUCCAGUAUUCUCCUAAACGUCCGUUUCUUGCCAUAUUUGGCUCUUAUUUUGAUGUUUCAAGUAAAUCUUGAAACCGGAAGUGCAGCGAACACUUCAAAAUAAAUGCACUGCUAGGAGUAUGACUGACCUGCAGUAGUAUAUAUGUUAUUUACCAUUUGCACUAAUUAUUUUUCUUUAUUUAAAUAACAAAUUAGUUAGUCUUUAUAAAAAUACAUUUCUGGUUCUCGUAUUAGACGAUAAGAACAUGUUUCUGACACCAAACGAUGCCGACUUGCAGCAAAAGGUGUCUUAAAAGUGAACAUCUCGCGACAGAAGCUUAAAUUUUUAGCCUGUUGCUCGUCGUGAUUUGUUUCCUGUACUAAAAAAAGUGUCCCGAUAAUAAACAACUCGCUGUGGUCACGGGCGGUAUGGAUUUAUAUUCAUAGCAGGAAUGUGAAUAACCACGCUUCUAACUUGUGGUGUCAUGUUUGUUUAUACACAUGCGCAGCGUCGGGGUUGAAGCGCGCUCCAGUGAGGAGGAGCGCGCACGCUGCGCCGAGGCUGCGUCACAGGUUUACAACCACGACGUCACCCUGCCCGCUGACUUCAUGCUUCCGGUGUUAUGGCCGCCUGCAUGGAAGGGGAGAGUUAUGUGUCAUUUGUGUGGAUAAACGUGUAGUUAGCCGGGUGAAGAUGGCGGUGACACGGCUGGUUCGGUUGGUCGCUUGUGGGUCGGCAGCACGCGUGACUUUCCGCGGUUACAGCAAGGUGUCACCAUCUUCAUCUGAGCGUCUGCUUGUUUUUGAGUCUUUAAAGUCCAAACGAGCUCAUCAAAGAGUCCCAGAAAAGCCUCUCAGAAUCCAUGUGGGCGAUGGCCGGAUUGUAAAGGGAACGGCGACUGUGACCACGCCUCUCGCAGUUGCACAAAGUGUGCGGGUAAAAGGGGCUCUGGUGAGUAAAGUGAAUGGGGAGCUCUGGGAGCUUGGGCGACCUCUAGAGGCAGACUGUGAACUGCAGCUUCUUGGGUUUGACACAGUUGAAGGAAAACUGGCAGCAUGGAGGACUGCAGCGUGUGUCCUGAGUGGCGUAUUGGAACAAACAUUUGCUGCUGAGGUGUGCAGAGAGGGAGCUUCAGCGUUUGGGUUUUUCUGUGAUCAUGUGCUGGACGACGGCAGUGCCUUAUCUCUAACGGAUGUGGAGCUGAGAUGUAAGGCGGCAGCAGCUCUCAAUCUUCCCUUGUCCAGGCUGGAUCUGAAUACUGAGGAGUUCCAAGAACUUUUCCAGGGGAGUACUAUGAGGCUGCAGCUUUCUGAAGAUCAGAUGAAUGGCUCCACUAUUACAGUCUACAGGUGUGGAGAUGGCUUAGCAGUGUGCAGCGGCCCCCUCCUUCCUCACACGGGCUUUCUUAAGGUCUUCAAGAUGCUACAACUGUCCUCCGUGACCCUGGCCAAUCAGACUGAGCCGUCGGUUCUGAGGCGUCUGUUAGGCGUGGCGUUUCCAGGAGAGAAGGAAAUGGGGGAGUGGGAGAGAGAGCAGGAGGAGGCGAGGAGGAGGGACCACAGGCGCAUUGGGACGGACCAGGAGCUGUUCUUCUUCAACGAUGUGAGUCCGGGCAGCUGCUUCUUCCUUCCUAAAGGAACCCACAUCUACAACACCCUCACAGACUUCAUUAAGAGUGAAUACAGAAGGCGGGGCUUCUCCGAGGUUGUGACCCCCACCCUGUACAGCACUGCAUUGUGGGAGCGCUCGGGCCACUGGGAGCACUACAGCGACAACAUGUUCACCGUGACUUUAGAGGGCUCUCAGACAUUUGCCCUCAAGCCCAUGAACUGCCCCGCACACUGCCUCAUGUUUGAGCAGCGCGUGCGCUCGUGGCGGGAGCUGCCUCUGCGAUGGGCAGACUUCGGCGCCCUGCACCGGAACGAGCUCUCCGGAGCUCUGGGAGGUCUGACCCGAGUCCGGAGGUUCUGCCAAGACGACGCUCACAUCUUCUGCACACCUGAACAGCUCGAGGAGGAGAUCGUUUCCUGUUUGGACUUUGUGCGCAGCGUCUAUCAGGUGUUUGGAUUCUCCUUCCACUGCCUGCUGUCCACACGUCCCACGCCGUGUCUCGGGGAGCCUGAGCUGUGGGACAGCGCCGAGCAGCAGCUACAGAGCAGUCUGCAGCAGUUUGGAGAACACUGGGAGUUAAACCCUGGAGAUGGAGCCUUUUAUGGACCAAAGAUCGACAUCUUGAUUAAAGAUGCAAUCGGCCGGCAGCACCAGUGCGCCACGAUCCAGCUGGACUUCCAGCUGCCGAUCCGGUUCGACCUGCAGUAUGUGGGACGAGACGGACAGCUGCACAGACCGGUGAUGAUCCACAGGGCAGUUCUGGGCUCUCUGGAGAGAAUGAUCGCUAUUUUGGCUGAAAACUUUGGUGGGAAAUGGCCCCUCUGGUUGUCUCCAGCUCAGAUCAUGGUUCUUCCUGUAGGGGGCAACAGUGAGCCAUACGCCAGACAGGUAGUUCAGCAGUUCACUGAAGCUGGCUUCAUGGUGGAUUUGAACGCUGAUCAAGGUGCCACCUUAAAUAAGAAGAUUCGCUCUGCUCAGCUGGCUCAGUACAACUACAUAUUUGUGGUGGGUGAUAAGGAGAAUGAGAGUGGAACGGUGAACGUCCGCAGCAGAGGGGGGAACCAGCUUGGCAGGAGGCCGGUGGUGGAAGUGCUCCGAUCUCUCUCACAGCUGAGAGACUCCAGGAGCAAUCUGGACCAGUUCUGAAAUAUCAUUGCAUCUUUCAUUAAUAAAAAUGUUUUUUUUUGCAUGUUUAAGGUGUUACAUUUCUGUUUUUAAUAAAGAUGUGGCUGUAAGGAA